AAUCUAACACAGCAGCGCUCCGGUCUUCUCGGAGAAGGGACACCGCCUGGUCUGACUGACGGGCCUCGCUGCCUCACACUGUUCCUCACACUUUCUGAAACUUUUGACUGCUCCGCUGUGUCUCAGCGACGGCAUGGAGGCGCUUCUUCUCGCGUAUGCAAACGCGGCCUCUGACGUGUGCAGUCACGUGCCUUUUGGCGUCGCACCCCCCUGCGCUCGCGCAUUUUUUUCGGCUGUUGUCUAUAGGGUUCGGGUAGAAUCUUUACAUUUUCGCAGCCCCUCUAUUUUGCACAUCACUCGGAAAAGUACGGCACUUUCUGUGUUUUUGGGAGCUAUGCUGUCGCCUUGCGGCCUGCCCUGCGCCGUGGACAGAUUUUGUGUCCUGCAAUGACGUCUCAUGAAGUCACCCAUUGCAGCUGACAUUAAUGGUCAGCAGAAAUAUUCUCUAGGAAGUCCCCAGGCAGAGGUCCGUUCAGCGUUCACUAAGAGUCCCUCAUCGAGGUUGCACAGUAGGUCAUGGCCAGUCGAAGAAAGUCCACCACCCCUUGUAUGAUUCGGCCAAAUGACUUGUUGGACCAGGAUAUAGAUGACUGUGUGGACAGUACAGUGGAGAACGGAUCCCCGUCUGUUCCUGCUAGUGAGGAUUGGACCGACAAGAGGAGCAUUGUAAGCACUAUGCCAGCGAUAGCUGAUCCAGAAAAGCCUGAGGCGGAAAUUCGGCCACCGAAGAAGGUGCAGGGAGGCUACGAGUGCAAAUAUUGUACCUUCUCGACUCAGAACCUUAACGAAUUCAAAGAACACGUGGACUCCAACCAUCCUAACGUCAUUCUCAACCCUCUGUAUCUAUGCGCUGUCUGCAACUUCAACACGAAAAAGUUUGACACCUUGACGGAACACAACGAGAAGUUCCAUCCUGGAGAGAGCAAUUUCAAGUUCAAGAGGAUAAAACUGAACAGUCAGACCAUCCUGGAGCAGACGAUUGAAGGUUCAAACUGUGCAGCCAUUUAUGAAGCUCGGAGUCCCCAGUCAGGGGAGGACCUUUCCCCUUCGAGCAAAUCCAUGGCUGUGAAGAAACCAAAAACUGACUGCAGGCGCCCUCUGGGAGACGGUCAAAUAGACAAGCUCACGCCAGAGUUAUCCAAAAAACAGAUCACCGCAGUGAAUGUGAAUGGAACAGUGAUAAUCCCAGAUGCAACACUAAAAGAGGGUCUCUCGCACAUAAUGCCAUCCCUGCAGCGUCCACCGAACUACAGUUUAGUGCCAAAAAUUGCUGUUCCUUUGAACACAUUGAGAUACAACGCAUCCCUUGAUGGAAACCUGACUCUAAUUACUUCCUUUAAUAAGUUUCCAUAUCCUACACAGGCUGAGCUCUCAUGGCUCACUGCAGCAUCGAAGCACCCAGAAGAACAAAUCAAAGUAUGGUUCACGACUCAAAGGCUAAAACAAGGCAUCAGCUGGUCGCCUGAGGAGGUCGAAGAGGCACGUAAGAAAAUGUUCAAUGGGACUAUUCAGCCUGUUCAACAAACAUUCACCGUCUUACCUGCCCAGCUGACCCAAUCCACAAAAGCCUCCCAAUCCCUUAUCCAGACUCUCCCAUGCCAAGUUCUUGGACAGUCCGGCUUGGUGUUGACACCAGUGUCCAACGGGUCCAAUGCAACUUCUGGUCCGCUUGCACUAACCGUUUCAAAUCAAGCAGUACAGGCCGUCAAGAGGCCUCUCAUGUCCCCUGUUGCGUCUCCAGAGCCGAAGAGGCCUUCAAUAAUCCAAACCAUUCAGACUACUAAUAAAUCUGCCUCCCCUACACCCAGUCUUUCUUCAGAUUGCAAAAAAACACCAGGUCAGAUUAAAGAGCUGAUAGCCAGCUAUACUCAGUGCCAGUUUCCUGAUGAUGAAGAAGUGUAUCGUCUUAUUGAGAUGACUGGCCUUUCCUGGGGAGAAAUUAAAAAGUGGUUCAGUGAUCAGCGUCUUGGAAACCAUAAGACUGUACUGCCACUAAGGGCUGACCUUCAGUUGAAGGAAAACCAGCCUCAGAAACCCGUGGCCACUAAGUUUCCCCUUCUGGAAUGGGUAAAGGGAAAAUCCUCUGAGCAAAUGAAAAUGUUGGAGGAGUGUUUCCAGAGGACGAGCUUUCCAUCACAGACUGAGAUCGAAAGCCUUGCGACUGACGCCAGACUUUCCAAAACGGAGAUUGACGGCUGGUUCAUGGAGCGUCGUGCUCUUCGAGAUAACCUUGAACAAGCCUUGCUCAACUCCAUGGGCUUUAAAAGACUGGACAGAGGAGCUCUGAAUGGAAUACAUGAGCAGGAAGGCCGGUCAAGGUCCUCUCCCCUUCCUCUUCUAACUUCUGUUUGCCCUGAAAUUGACAGCAAGUCUCUCCACCUUCUAAAAGAGGUUUUCUCACAGACACAGUGGCCGUCACCGGAGGAGUACAGCGAACUGGAGCUCCAGACGGGGUUGCCUCGCACAGAAAUCGUACGCUGGUUUAAGAACAACCGAUCUGCUCUGAGAAAUGGGACCUUGGAAUGGAUGGAGCAGUUUGAGACUAUGAGCACCAAAAAACACAACGGGCAGAACAGCUUGCUGAGCCCCGAACAAGCGCCCCACAGUGGUGUACAGCGGAACUCCACUGAGGCAAAGCUACUAAAACUAGAGGAUGACGACAAGCUGGCGGAGCGUUCGAAACUUGUCAGUCAGGACAUAGUCAACUGGGUAACCAGUAAGCUAGGCCACAACAUGCAGGACAUUAGCCGGAGCAAGGACCAACACGGACUGGUGACGACGGACAGCGGGAGAUGGGUUAAGGUUUCCGUGGCAGCUGACACUGAAAGAAAAGACUCUGAGGCACUGAGAGUGGCCACCGACCUUGAGGUUCUGACCACAGAGCACACGGUGACGGGAUAAACUAAGAAAGGACAGAGACUAGGCUGCUAUGACUAACCCUGAGGUGGGAAGGAAAAUAAUUGCGUUGACAUACUUGGAACCAAUGAUCUCAUGCCUGGACUCUGAUCUCAUCAGAGGGGGGAAAAAAGGACUGCGCGUGUGCGUGUGUGUGUGUGUGUGUGUGUGUGUGUGUGUGUGUGUGUAAGCACUGACCAUGGAGUGCCAAAGUCAGACUGCGAUGCUACUAUUACUGCUUAGGUGUUUGAGGAUUAUUUUUUUUUGUUGUUGUUGUUGUUAUUAUUUUAUAGCAGAAGAGCCCAUGUAAAUAUGUUUUUGACAGAUUUGUAAAAAAAAAAAAAAAAAUUUCCUGCGGAUGGGUUUUGUUACAAUUUCUAAUACUGUAGAUGUCCCCAAGCCAUUUAGCUUAACGCUCCCGACGGAACGUUCGGCCUUCUUGUGAAAGGACGGUAAACUGAUGGACCUGCUGGUAAAGCGCGGUCACUACGGCACUUAACAUUUGAAGCGGAUAAAGACAAAGCGGUGCUUCUUUUGAUCUCAUUCCUCAAACAAAGCGAACGUACAGACUUCUUUUCUCUGGACCAUAGAAGCAUCGCCUGCACACGAUGGAUUUAAAUCCGAAUCGACGUCGAUGCAGCGAGGCACAAAACAUGUUUAUUUGUAGUUCGACUUUGCAAUAUUACUCUCGCGGAAGAAUAGCAUUUUUUAUUUUUUUUUCCUUCUUCUUCUCUUUCCUUCGCAUUUAAGGCGUAGUUCCAUUUCGCCGUGGUCUGCUUUAAGGUAGCUCCGUGUAUUCCCGUCCCCUCCUGCCACUCUUCUCGUCAUGUUCAGACAUGUAUCAGGAAUACCAUAUGGGUAUCAAGAUCCAUGCUUGCUCUUUCUUUAAAACAAGCCUGCUGUAAAUCAAUAAAACAAACCAUUGAAAUGA